GGAAAAAUGCCAAAAAAAUUAUGAAUGCCAUAUUUUUGGCAAAAGUCAAAAGGAUUCAAGUUGACAGAAUGAAAAUGUUGGCAUUCUCAUAGAGAAAUAUGUAAUUUUUUUGGAAUUAAAAAAACAGAUGGCAUUUUUUACACCGAUCGGAGCUGGUGGUGCAGAGAGGUAGUACAGACGGUGGGAGAGGCAUCCAUAUUGUUUUAAUUUUUUUUUAUGGAGUUUUACUAUUUUUAAUAAUUUUUAAAAAAAUAUUUAUUUUAUUUUUUAUUUUAUAAAAAUUUUCUUAAUUUUUUUUUAUUUUUCUACGAAUUUUUGAAUUUUUUUCGAAUUUAUUAUGAAUUAAAAAUUUUAUUAUGACUUUUGAUUAUGUUUUGCUCAUAUUUAAAGGAAGGGUAAGAAUGAAAUGAAGAAAUAUGUAUGUUUCCAAUAGGACCAAUACGGUCCUAUUUUGGAAUAAAAAACAUACAAGUCUUAUUUUGAGUUUUUGCCAUUGUUUUAGUCUUAUUUGAAGUACUACGUAAUUUCUAAACUUUUAAAUACAUCUCAAAAAGAAAAAUGUAGCAAACUUUAAUAUACGGAGGGAGUAUAUUUUUUGAAUUUUUUAUGUUUUGCUAUUAUUAUUAUUAUUAUUAAAAAAUCAUAUUAAAUCAUGAGAAGAGAAAGAGUCGAAUUGGGCCUAUAAAAUAUGAAGAAUACUCUGUGCGUACGACGAAGGAUUUGUUUACGUAAAGAUCGAUGAGAUGAACGGCAUUUGAUGGCAACGAGCAUCAAACCGCUCUUCUUCCACUCGAAGCUCCUCUGCAUCUCCGUCCUUUACCUCCUCACUGCUCUAUCCUUAGCUCUUUACACUCUUCUCUCCCCCACCGCCCACUGCCUCUUCCGCUCCUCCCCACACGAUCCCAUUCAGACCCCUCUUUUCUCCUACAACUCCUCCUACGGCGAGCACAAACACGCCCUGCCCACCACCCGCCCCUCCUGCACCUCCCCUGUUUUCUUCUCCGGUACGGUAAGCCUUUUUCAUCUUUCAAUUUAAUGAUUCUUGAUCGGCUAGCUGAGAAUGGGUCGCCGCCGUUUUCGCAGAUUAUCGGGAGGUCGUGACGGAAAUCAAGCGGCUUUCUCGGAACUCGUUGGGAUUGGGCUCGGGAACCCUGAAAUACGCUCAUGGCGAAAGGGAAAGUUUCGGCGGCAAUCUCUCCACCCAAACGCGGUUCUCGUAUUUCGGUCAUGGCGAUUCGGAAGAACAAGUCCCUUGCGGAUUCUUCAAACCGUUCCCUGUUAGCAAAUCAGAUGAAAUGGCUAUGGAAAGAUGCAAUGGGGUAGUGGUAGUAUCAGCAAUAUUCAACGACCAUGACAAAAUCCGGCAGCCAAAAGGCAUAGGAUCAGACACUUCGAGCCUUGUGUGUUUCUUCAUGUUUGUGGAUGACGUGACCCUCGAUGGCCUUGAAAAUUACAACUUAAUAGCCUCAAGAAAAUCCAAAGAUAUAAGUGUUGGAGUGUGGAGAGUUGUGAAGGUUGCUACUUCUGCUGAUAAUAAGAAGGCUUUGCUGUACGAGGAUGCAGCCAUGAAUGGAGUGAUUCCAAAGUACUUGGUCCAUAGGUUGUUCCCAAACACUAAAUUCAGCAUUUGGGUGGAUGCAAAGAUGCAAUUGGUGGUAGAUCCAUUGCUGUUGAUCCAUUCACUUCUGGUUGUUGUGAAUAACAAGGAAGGUGUGGAUAUGGCUAUUUCGAGACACCCUAUCUAUGUGCACACCAUGGAAGAAGCCAUGGCUACGGCUCGGUGGAGGAAGUGGAGGGAUGUGGGUGCAUUGAGGAUGCAGAUGGAUACGUAUUGUGAGUAUGGGUUGCAGCCAUGGACAUCCAACAAGCCUUAUCCUUCAGAUGUGCCAGACAGUGCAGUGAUAAUAAGGAAGCAUAGUAAGGCAUCAAAUCUAUUCUCAUGCCUCUUAUUCAAUGAACUAGAAUCCUUCAAUCCAAGGGACCAACUUGCGUUUGCCUAUGUGAGAGACUUGAUGAAGCUGAAGCCGAGUAUUAACAUGUUUGAAGUUGAGGUGUUUGAGCAAGUGGCAGUUGAGUACCGGCACAACCUUAAACGUGACAAUGCAUGGGCACGACAAGUAGAAGAAGGUCCCUUGAUCAAGAUGGAAGGUGACACCAAGUGUGAUAGGUAUCUCAAACAAAUGUGGGGUGAAUCCAAUGAUUGAUUUUAUAUUCUUUCACUUAUUUUUUCAUCAAAAGCUCUAUUCAUACACAAAGUUUUGUACACUUUUCAUACACACAUCAAAGUUGUUUGUAUAGACACACAACUCGUUUAGAAAAAAUUAUCAAUUAUCUACAAUUGUUG